AUGGCCGACGCAUUCCCCGCGGUCCUCACAGGCCCCUCCUCCAAAGAGCGCCGCUACGACCGCCAGCUCCGUCUCUGGGCCGCGACGGGCCAGCAAGCUCUAGAAGACUCGCGCGUACUGCUGGUCAACUCAGACGGCACGUUCGGCCCUCAAUCCGCCGGCGUGGCAGGUGUCGCGGGAGUCGAAACACUCAAGAAUCUCGUCUUACCCGGCAUCGGUGGGUUUACCAUCGUCGAUCCGGCGACUGUGACAGAGGCGGACCUGGGCGUGAACUUCUUUUUGGAGGAAGAGUCGCUAGGCAAGUCCCGCGCCGAAGAAACGUGUCGGUUGCUGCGGGAGUUGAACCCGGAUGUGCAAGGGUAUGCCUACUCCAAGCCCAUCACGCACCUCCUCCAAGAUCCCAACUUCCUCGCCCAGCAUAAGCUAGUGAUCGUCUCCGGACCGACGAAACGCUCCACCCUGCAAUCUGUCUGCCAGGAAGCAAAGAACCUCGGUAUUCCCGUGCUGUACACACACUCCGUGGGCUUCUACUCGGCAUUUUCUGUGCAACUACCCGCUGAAUUCCCCAUUGUCGAGACGCACCCAGACCCGGAAUCAACACAGGACCUGCGUCUGCUCAACCCAUGGGCUGAGCUCAUCGCCGCAGGAACGGCGCUGGGCGAUCUAAGCGGCAUGGACGACCACCAGCACGGCCAUGUACCGUACAUUCUGCUGCUGCUCCAUUUCAUAGAGCAAUGGAAACAAACGCAUGCCGGCAAAGCUCCAGGCAACUACAAGGAAAAGACGGAGUUUCGUGAAUUCGUCCGCUCACAAGCACGCACGAAUACCCCCGAGGGCGGCGAGGAGAACUUUGACGAAGCUGUGGCGGCAGUGAUGAAAUCCAUUUCCCCCUUUGAGCUGCGCAGCUCAAUUCGUGAGAUCUUCGCGAUGGACCAGUGCCAGCAACUAAAACGCGACUCGCCUGAUUUCUGGAUUAUCGCCUCCGCUAUCCACAAAUUCUACAGUGAUAACAACGGCUUGCUCCCGCUACCAGGCACGUUGCCCGAUAUGAAAGCCCAAUCGGCAGACUACGUCUCGCUACAAAAUAUCUACAAGGCCAAAGCACGCCGCGACGUUGAUGAGGUAACCGCUACAGUUCGACAGCUAGAGACACAGCUAGGGCGUACCCCUCCGAUCCCCGAGCGCGAGAUUGAGGUGUUUUGCAAGAACGCAGCAGAUAUCAAGGUCGUGCGUGGCCGGCAUAUUCCCUCGCUCUCGGAGGAUUGCGACGCAGCAACGAUCAGAACAAUCAGAGGAGGAUUUGCCUCGGAUGACAGGCUGGUCGCGAUCUACAUCGCUUUCGAGAUCCUCGACGCGGUGGUGAGUGAAGUGCAAUCCAUAGCCGAGAUGCAAAACGGCGGAGGCCAACUCCGCUUGCCCAACAUUGAAGACGAGGAGCUCUGGAUGAAACACACAGAUCGCAUUCUGAAGGUUCUUGCUCGAGAGACGGGCACUGAUGUCCCCCCUGAGCAGAAGGAUAUACUGGAGGAUGCGAUAUGGGAACUCCGUCGGACCGAGGGCGGCGAGUUGCAUAAUAUCUCUGCGUUGACGGGAGGCCUGGUUGCGCAGGAGGCGUUGAAGGUCUUGACCCGGCAGUAUGUCCCGCUCGACAAUACUUGUGUCUUUGAUGGGGCGCGGAGUCAGAGUGCGAUGUACCGCUUGUGA